AUGGAUGAUACACCUAUCAACUUAUAUCCACAGGGACUACGAAUAGCCAUGGAGGGAGGGACGGAGGGAGGGAGGAAAUUAUGCGACUCUUUAAAACAAAGAAUACUUGUACCACAUAAAAAGAUUACCUUUCUCGCCCGUCGCUACAACAAUUUCCUGUCCCUUCAUGUUCGACAUGAUCGUACCGACGCGACAUUGGACCAAUGGGAGGCCCGCUGGGAGGAGGGACUUGGCUCUCUUACAACUGACCUCCACAACCACGACCGUCAAACCCAUAGUGAUUUUGAGUUAAUGCAUUAUGAUUGCGGUUUCCUAUUGAAAAGAAAUGAGACAAGAUCAAAAGUUGUGGUUGAUCCAAGAGCUGAAGUUGAUCCAAGGGCUGAGAGUUCCCUUCAUGUUCGACAUGAUCGUACCGACGCGACAUUGGACCAAUGGGAGGCCCGCUGGGAGGAGGGACUUGGCUCUCUUACAACUGACCUCCACAACCACGACCGUCAAACCCAUAGUGAUUUUGAGUUAAUGCAUUAUGAUUGCGGUUUCCUAUUGAAAAGAAAUGAGACAAGAUCAAAAGUUGUGGUUGAUCCAAGAGCUGAAGUUGAUCCAAGGGCUGAGAGUGCUCUGAUGAUGACAUGUGGCAGCGUCCAGGGGCAAGUGUAUCGUCGGAUGAUGGACGAUUAUCUUUCCUGGUCACACGAGCUACAUGUGCAUGCUUUGUCUCUUUGUGUUGAUCCAAGGGCUGUGGUUGAUCCAAGAGCUGAAGUUAAUCCAAGGGCUGAGAGUAAAACCAAGUUGUCGGACUCAAGGCAUGACCCCAGUCGCGCCAGUUGCAAUGGGACAGCUCGCGAGCGGCCCAGUUCUCACACCAUGACAUGGGUUGCGUCCUUCAGGAGCUCCACUGUCGCGCCAUGA